UGCGAGUGCAAGCCCGUCCCCUACAGCGGCACAUCCCGCCCACGGGCGCUGUGAAUGGUUCUUGUUGCAAGAAGCCGUGGCUGUGAAUGGGCAGCGAAAGUGACGAUCAGUGGCGUUGAUGUCCGCGGCGGGAGCAAGGAGGCUGGACCAUGGCUGCAAGAGGAAGAAUUGCUUCUUUCCGUUUGCCUCCACUUCCCACCAUCAGGGAAAUUAUCAAGUUGUAUAAUUUGAGAGCGGAAAAGCAACUUUCUCAGAAUUUCCUGUUGGAUUUAAGAUUAACAGAUAAAAUAGUUCGGCAAGCUGGAAAUUUAAGGAAUGCUUAUGUGUGUGAAGUUGGUCCAGGACCUGGAGGAAUCACUCGAUCUAUUCUCAAUUCUGGUGUUGCAGAACUACUUGUGGUGGAGAAAGAUACCAGAUUUAUUCCUGGCUUACAGUUGAUGGCGGAGGCAGCACCAGGGAAAAUUCGCAUUGUGCAUGGAGACAUUCUGACCUAUAACAUGGAACGAGCUUUUCCAAAACAAUUUCGAAAUGAAUGGGAAAUCGGAUUACCAAAUGUGCACAUCAUUGGUAACCUGCCCUUCAGUGUUUCAACACCUCUCAUUAUUAAGUGGUUGGAGAAUGUUGCAAAUCGUGAUGGGCCCUUUGUCUUUGGGAGGACACAGAUGAUCCUAACUUUUCAAAAGGAGGUUGCAGAGCGUCUCACAGCAAGUACCAGCAGUAGACAGAGAAGCCGGUUAUCGGUGAUGUCCCAGUAUUUGUGUAAUGUGAAAAGCUGCUUCACGAUUCCAGGCAGAGCCUUUGUUCCAAAGCCCAAGAUUGAUGUGGGAGUUGUACGUAUUACUCCGCUGGAGAGACCACAGAUUAACCAGCCAUUCAAACUGGUGGAAAAGGUGGUGCGAUGUGCAUUCAGCUUUCGGAGAAAGCAUUGCCGCCGAGGACUUGAGUAGGUUACUGACCAUCUACAGGCGUUC